GCAGCAUUAACGCGCACACACAGUUCCAUGGCAUCGCUACAUGCCGAACACAGAAUUACACGAUCACCAUUCCAAUCAUUCCAUCUCCAGACCCAAUGACCACUGUCCACCCAGACGCAAGUGAAACAUCAGAGCUUAUAGAGUUUCCAUCGAGAUCUACAGAAGUACUAGCUUUGUCCCCUUCGUAUUCCGAAAUAAAGAUGUCCAAAAAUAAGUCCAAGGGCAAGAAGAACAAGAAGGCCAGGUCAAGGACAUCCAAGGUCACCGAAAGCAUUGCGCCAACAGAAGCUAACAGCCCAACCGACGACAGCCCAGCAGGGACCAGCAGGCAGUCGAUAGCAUCAGCAGACGAUCUUUUCACCAGACUUCCUAGACUAAAAUCAAAAAUUAGAAUCAACAUUCACGAGGAACGUAGCCAGCCAAUUUUUGAAUUGUUCCUGCUGGCUGUGAUGGUCCUCUUCCUCUUCGUCGUCUGCUCUAACAUCGUUGCACGACAUUCCAGUACUGUGACUCAGAUGGUCAACAUUGUGGUGCUUCAUGUUGAUGUUGACAUGUGCAACGAAACCUUUCCAUCUAUCCUGUAUCCUUGAGUCCAGCUAGAGUAUCCUGUAUCCUUGAGUCCAGCAAGAUUAUCCUGUAUCCUUGAGUCCAGCUAGAGUUCACCAGUUAACUGAAAAGACCAACUGCUUACCAAGAAAUCUUCGUAUCAACAUUUACAACCAACGUCCGUGUUGAAACAUUUAAAAAAAAAAUAUGUAGACUAGACAACGUCAAAUUUUUCUGGAUUCGGCCAUGAGAAGUGAACUAGACUUGACAGGGUCUGCUUUAAGUGUAGACCGACAGGAGCGUUGACUAAGGGAGACGACGUGUCUGUCAUCUAUUGAAUGGGACAAUUGACAUUACUGAUGGCGCAAUGCAAAAAUAUCAACCGUAACAAGGAAACAAACACAACACAACGAAACAAUUAAAAUAAAACAAGUACAAUUA